UUGGUAUCGAACGUAUCGAUAGUGCGCAGUAGAAUUUAUAGGUUAUGUUUAUCACCGGGUUCCGGCUCGAUUAUUUCUCUUUAAUAAAAAAACAGAAAAUUGAUAUUAAAUUUUCAUUUGUGAUUUGAUUAAAAAAAAAAAAAAUUAAUCAUGAACGAAGGAGAAUUAUUUUUCACCAAUACUUUGGGAACACAACAAAAUGACGAGGAAAUAAGUGAUCGUGAUCAUCUUGAACCUCGUCAAGCGACUCUUUUUCUAAUAGAUACAUCUCCUCCAAUGUUUGAAGAAAAUACCAAUUCCCAAGAAACUCCCUUUAUGAAAAGUGUUCAGAUUUAUAAAAAUAAUAUGCAAAUGCUUUGUGGAUUUAAUCGUGAUGAUCAAAUGAGUUUAAUUCUCUUUGGAACACGUGAAUGGGAUAAAGAUCCAGAAACGAAAAAUGUUUUGACAGUACAAAAAUUUCAUAAAGUCACACUUGAUAUGCUAAAGGAGAUCAAGGGAAAAAUUGACAAUCAUGAAGGAUAUUUUAAUUUAUUGAGUUCCGAUUCAAAAUAUCCUUUACACGAUGCACUUUGGCAUGCGGCUCAAGCAUUUUCUGCCGUGAGAACAGUACUUAUUUCACGUAAAAUUUAUCUUUUAACAUGUGAAGACAAUCCAACUUUUGAUCAUCCUGAUGAAGCUCAUAGAAUAAGAACGAGAGUUGCAACAUUUCAAAAUCUUGGAAUUGAUUUUCGUGUAAUUGGCUUAAAAAAUGGAUUUGAUCAUAAUAAAUUUUACAAAGAACUUGAAAUUAUUUCCAGUAAAAUGAUUCCUGAUAUUUAUAUACCACUUCAACUUAAUGAUCUUGAAAAGGAAAUUCAAUUUCCAUCGAGAACUAUAUCAAAUAUUCCUUGGAUAUUUGGCAAAAAUGUUGUUGUUCCAGUUUCGAUUUAUACAAUUUCAACGGAGACAAGAUUUCCAGAUAUGGUUCAUAUAAAUAGAGAAACAAAUGAACAGUUAAAAAGUUCUACUGUUUAUAGAAAAACGGAUGAAGUUGAAGAUGACGUUGAUGAUGUUGAAAGUGAAGAGCAAUUUAAUUCUAAUGUGGUUAAUGCUGGUGGAUUGGCAAAAUUUCAAGCACACGGGGAUAGAAAGCUUGUAUUCGAUGUAAAAGAAUUAAAUUUGAUGUUCAAACAAUUCAAUAAAGGUAUUGAAACACUUUGUUUCAAGCCUAUUGAAUGUGAUCCCAUGUAUCAUGUGGAUUGUGCAAAAUUUGUUACAUUCAGUAAAACAGAAGCUAGUGAAUCGCAAAAACAACUUUUUUCGACUUUAGUUGAUAAAUGUGAGGCUAAGGAAUUGAUGAUUGUUUGUCGUAUUAAUUAUAGAAUGUAUACGGCUCCAAAUAUAUUUUAUCUUUAUCCAAAUACAAAAAAAGGUGGCUUUUAUAUUUACAAAAUGGCUUACGAAGAUCAUGUUCGUAAUUUAGAUAAGGCUUUAUCAACAUGGAUUUAUCAUAAAGAUUGGUCACAUUCACCAAGUGAGGAGGCAAAGAAAAUUUUUGAAAAAAUUGUCAAAAAAACAAGAAUAAAAUAUGAUCCAAGUGCUUUUAAAAAUCCAAAACUUGGAACAUUAAUUGCAAAUAUCGAAGCUUUAGCUUUAGAUAUGGAGGAAGUUGACGUACCUCCUGAUACUACACUACCGUCGAAAAAACUUGUGGAACGACUUGCGGACGUAUUGCCAGAAUAUAGAAGAAUUUUCUCACAGAAUGAAUGUGAAGUACCUGCGAAGAGAAGAAAAAUUGUUGAUGACGCAAUGAUUCUCGAACAUGUUCAAGCACAAACGGUAAAUAGUCUAACAGUUGCAGUAUUAAAAGAAUUUUUGGUCCAACAUAACAUUGCCGUUAGUAAUGCUAAAAAGGCAGAUUUGGUUAGCAAAGUUUACCAAUUUUAUCAAAAUUAAAAAAAAAACGUCAAAUUGAAUUUUAAAUAAAAUUUCCUUUUUUCUGUUUUAUUGUGUAAAAUUUACCAGAAAUCUAUUUUUUCAGAAAAUCAAUUAUAUGUGGGUAUUUAAAUAAGAAAUAAAAAAUAUUUUCAAUAA